AUAAAACAAAUCCAUUUUUUUUUCUUUCUCCCACAGACAGUACAGCCUGGGUCUCCAUGAAGGCAAUGCCAAAUUUCACAGAUGUGACAGAGUUUAUUCUUCUGGGGUUGAUCAGUCAUCAGGAGCUUCAAGUUCUCCUUUUUGGGGUGUUCCUAGUAGUUUACAUGAUCAUGCUGUUAGGGAACAUUGGUAUGAUUAUUUUGAUCAGCAUCAGUCCCCAGCUUCAGACCCCUAUAUACUUUUUCUUAAGUCAUCUGUCUUUUGUGGAUGUGUGGUUCUCUUCCAAUGUUACUCCCAAAAUGCUGGAAAAUUUAUUAUCAGAGACAAAAACCAUCUCCUACGUGGGGUGUCUGGUGCAAUGUUACUUUUUCAUCGCCCUUGUCCAUGUGGAGGUAUAUAUCUUGGCUGUGAUGGCCUUUGAUCGCUACAUGGCCAUCUGCAACCCUCUGCUUUAUGGCAGUAAAAUGUCCAGGACUGUCUGUAUUUGGCUCAUCUCUGUGCCUUAUGUCUACAGAUUCUCUGUUAGCCUGAUAUGCACCCUGUGGACAUAUGGCUUGUACUUCUGUGGAAAUUUUGAAAAUAACCACUUCUAUUGUGCUGACCCUCCUCUCAUCAAGAUUGCCUGUGGUGGGGUCCACAUCAAAGAAUACACCAUGAUAGUUAUUGCUGGGGUGAACUUCACGUAUUACCUUUCAGUGGUCCUCAUCUCCUAUAUCCUCAUAGAAAUAGCCAUGCUACGCAUGCACUCUGCUGAUGGGAGGAAGAAGGCGUUCUCCACCUGUGGGUCCCACUUGACGGCUGUUACCAUGUUUUAUGGGACUCUCAUAUUUAUGCAUUUCAGGAGGCCCCCUGAAGAGUCUGUGGAGCAGGGGGAAAUGGUAGCUGUGUUUUAUACCACAGUGAUUCCCAUGCUGAAUCCUAUGAUCUAAAGUUUGAGAAACAAAGAUGUGAAAGAGGCAGUCAACAAGGCAAUCAUCAAGGCAAACUUGGGGCAGUGAAACUGCAAUAGAUAUUUCUGAGUACAUUGCUACUUGUGAUAAGUGUGUAGGCAUGAAAGUUCCUAGCUCAAUAGAGACUGUCUAAAGGCAACUCUUACAUAUACUGAGCUCCAGUCUAACCCAGUGAUGCUUUUACCCCAUGAAUGGCCUCUAAGUACCAAGAUUGUUACUCCACAUAUGCAACUAUAUGAUUC